UUAACGUGACGUUUACGAGCUGACACAAACGACACAAACACGCGAGUUGGAAAAACGCGACAGAAAGCCUUGGAAACCGGCAAGUUGUUUAUGGUGAAAUUUGAUGGUUUUAAUAUUUUUCAACAUUAUUUCAACAAGCAAGUGAAAAUUGGCUUCAAACUAUUCGCAACAUGAAAAUUGAAGAAGUUAAAAGUACAGUGAAAACGCAACGGAUCGCUGCUCACAGCCAUGUCAAAGGUCUCGGAUUAGAUGAGAACGGAGUUCCGCUACAGAUAGCUGCCGGAUUGGUGGGCCAGAAGAAUGCCCGUGAGGCAGCCGGGAUCGUAGUGGACCUUAUCAAGUCUAAGAAGAUGUCGGGCCGAGCAUUGUUGUUAGCCGGUCCACCCGGCACCGGUAAAACGGCGAUAGCACUAGCUAUUGCCCAGGAGCUCGGCAAUAAAGUGCCAUUCUGUCCAAUGGUAGGCUCGGAAGUUUUCAGCAGCGAAAUUAAGAAAACGGAAGUGCUCAUGGAGAAUUUUCGUCGUUCGAUCGGACUGCGUAUCCGGGAAACAAAGGAAGUGUACGAAGGAGAAGUGACGGAGCUGACUCCAGUUGAAACUGAAAAUCCCAUGGGAGGAUACGGUAAAACAAUUAGCAACGUCGUCAUUGGACUGAAAACGGCCAAAGGCACCAAACAGCUCAAGCUAGAUCCUAGCAUUUAUGAGUCACUACAGAAAGAAAAAGUUGAGGUAGGUGAUGUCAUUUACAUCGAAGCUAAUAGUGGUGCUGUCAAAAGACAAGGUCGUAGCGACACUUUUGCAACCGAGUUUGAUUUGGAAACGGAAGAAUACGUUCCCCUCCCCAAAGGAGACGUCCAUAAGAAGAAAGAAGUCGUUCAAGAUGUGACGCUUCACGAUUUGGACGUAGCUAAUGCAAGACCGCAAGGCGGCCAAGAUGUUCUUUCCAUGGUAGGCCAGAUCAUGAAGCCGAAGAAAACUGAAAUUACCGACAAGCUUCGCAUGGAAAUCAACAAAGUUGUAAAUAAAUACAUUGACCAAGGAAUCGCGGAAUUGGUUCCUGGAGUUUUGUUCAUCGAUGAGAUCCAUAUGCUUGACUUGGAGUGCUUUACUUAUCUACACAAAUCGUUAGAAUCUGCUAUUGCCCCAAUAGUAAUAUUUGCCACCAACAGAGGACGUUGUGUAAUUCGUGGAACGGAUGACAUCAUUUCUCCUCACGGUAUUCCCCUAGAUUUGUUAGAUCGUUUAUUGAUCGUUCGUACGUCUCCCUACAAUUUGUCGGAAAUUGAACAAAUCAUCAAACUGAGAGCUCAAACCGAAGGUCUAAGUGUUGAAGAUGCCGCCAUUCAGGCGUUGAGUGAAAUAGGAGACAAUACAACGUUGCGCUAUGCCAUACAACUACUGACACCAGCACAUCAGAAUUGCAAGGUAAACGGACGGACUCAAAUCACCAAAGACGACAUCAUGGACGUUAACUCGUUGUUUUUGGAUGCCAAACGUUCGGCGAAAUUCCUGCAAGAGGAAAAUACUAAGUAUAUGAUGUGAACGAUAUCCGGGCACUUGAAUAUUAUUUUAUUGUAGCAUAAGAAUCCGAUGAAUGAAACAUAAUACAUAAUGAUUAAUAAUUGACAAAUUAUCAAUAGAGCUUGAACUUGAUGACCAUACAA